UAGUCUGGAAACCAUUGCAGCAGCAAAAAAGCCAUUUCAAGAUGGUGGAUUACAGCAAGUGGAAGACCAUUGAGGUGUCGGAUGACGAAGAUGACACCCAUCCCAACAUCGACACCCCAAGCCUGUUCCGGUGGCGACACCAGGCCAGGGUGGAGCGGAUGGCCGAGUUGGAGAGGGAGAAAGAGGAGUUCAUGAAAAGGAAGGCCAAAAAUGAUGCGCUGCUGCUGGAGGCUCGCAAGAAGCUGGAGGGCAAGACGGGGGAAGCCCUGGAGAGUGCCAAACGGGAGGUGGCCAAGCUCGAGAAGAAAGACAGGGAAUUCCGCAAGGAGAAGGAGUCCCUCGACAAGAAGGAAAAAUUGACUCCCUGGAACGUGGACACCAUAAGCAAAGAAGGCUUCACAAAGACCAUUCUGAACAAGCCCGAACCCCGCAAGGAGGAAGUCCUUUCGGAGGAGGACAGGGAACGGAAACAGAAACAGUUUGUGACCGACAACGAGCCCCUGCUGAAGCAGCUCGGCAUGCUACAGAAGUACGACGACAGCCGCCGCUUCCUCAUGGAGCACCCGCACCUGGCGUGCGAAGCCACCGCCAACUACCUCGUCAUGUGGUGCAUGCGGCUCGAAAUGGACGACAAACACGAACUGAUGGAGCAUGUGGCCCACCAGUGCAUCUGCAUCCAGUAUGUGCUCGAACUGGCCAAGCAGCUGGAGGUCGACCCCCGAUCGUGCAUCUCCUCUUUCUUCACGAGGAUUCAGACGGCUGACCAGCAGUACAAGGACGCCUUUGAGGACGAGCUGAGGGGGUUCAAGGAGCGCAUCCGCCUGCGAGCUCAGGAGAAGCUGGAAGAGGCCGUCAAGGAAAUGGAGGAGAAAGAGAGGGAAGAGAGGCUAGGGCCAGGAGGCCUCGAUCCCGUUGAGGUCUUCGAGACGUUACCAGAGGUGUUGCAGAAGUGCUUUGAGUCGCGCGACCUGGACAUGCUGAAGGAGGCGAUUGCGGCCAUGCCCGAGGAAGAGGCCAGGUACCACAUGAAGCGGUGCGUCGACUCGGGUCUCUGGGUGCCCGACGCCAAGACCGCCGCCACCGGGGACGCCCGCCCGGAGGACGGCGGGGAAGACGCAGCCAAGGCGGAGUGACGAGAUCGCAACAAGCACGCUCCAGUGCUUCACGAGAAAAAGGGGGUUAAAAAGGGCCUCCAGCACCUUCGAUUGGAAGAAUGCAAAAAAUCACGAGCGGCAAAUGUGUCUCUUAAGACACAAAGAAAAUUUGCGAGUGUACAUAGAGCGUCCCCCGCACUUCCUUCGCCGACCGACGGACAGAUGCCAUCCAGCCAAUCGUAAAGUAGGGAAUGAUCUCGUCCAGAAACAUCUUCGCCGGUCAAAUAAACCUUGUGCUUUUGCCA